CAGUGACAUGUUACGUGAAAUUAACAGGAGUCAACUAUGUCAACUGUUGACGUUAAGGUUUCGGAUAAAAGAUAAACGUGGUAGUAAAAGAGACAGUAAUGUAACUUGUUAAGGGGUACAGAACUUUAAUUACUCGUGGGUGGUAUCACGUGUACCUGAGUAUGAAGGAAUAUGAUUAGUUGACCUUAUUACACGUGAACACGAGUACGGGCCCUACUUUUGAGCAAACUUGUGAAAACGGAAUCUUUAGGAAGACGAUGGUUUAGGAAUUGUAUAACCUGUGAGGACCAUUACGGAAACUGGGUAUAAGUACACUGCCGGACUUUAGUAGAUUUGAGGAUGAGUACUUUAUAUUAAAUACUGUGAACAGAAGUACCGUGGAUUGUACUUUUACUGAGGAGUACGUAACGUGAAGUGGAUUCUAGUACGGAGGCUUUGGUGCACGUGGGACUACAGAUUUCCACCUUAAAUAAGGUGUACGGAGCCUUAAUAAUUAACUUGUGAGGACACGUAUGGAUUUUUGUAUUCGCGAGUAAAAGAAGAUGGCUUACAUUAUAUGUUAGGACGAGCCAAGAGUACCUGUAAUCACAAAAUAACGGGACACUAGUUUUCUGUGAAGACGAGCACGGGACGUUUAAGUUCACUCCGGGCGUGUACGGCGCCCUCAGUUCAUCAGACAAUGUUGAGAAAGAAAAACCAUCGCGACCCAAUAGGGAGUCUCGAGCUCGGAGGGGCCGUACAUAUGACAAGCUCUUUCCGGGUCAAAAGGUUUAGCUAUAAGAAAAUACUGAAAUAUCUGGUGCUGAUUAUUCUGGGAGUCGCCAUUCACUCAAUAUAUCGGGAAAUAUUCCAGGCUCAUCAUGUAGAGGAACUUCAACAAAAUGACACCCCAGUACAAGACAGUAUUCAUCUUGAAGAACAGAACGUCCUUGCACCACCUGAUAAGCAGUCACCACAAGAAGCUCCGAUACAAAGGGAGCCUCCUGGCGGACGAGUUAUAGAUAACGAUAACGCUAACAGGGGUUUUCAUCACGAAAACUCUGUAGAGGAGAAGGCUAAACAGAUCGACAAUAUGGGUUUUAAAGAACAUGACAACAACAUGGCCCAACCAAACGAAAUCGUGCACGAUCCUGUUGAGCAAAAUCAAUUGUUUAAGGAAACAAAUGAGAGAAUUGUUGAUGAAAAUGAAGGUUUGGGUAACUUCCGGAAAGAAGCAAACGAAUUUCCAGUCGAGGUGGAUCCUGGCCCGUUUGAGAAAAUCGUGGAUCUGGAGGAAGACGUGCAGGAAAACCUGAGCAACAUCAAGGCGGAGGAAGAAAUACAAAGAGAGAUAGCCAACAUCAUGGAGGAUGCUUAUGAGGAUAUCAAGUUAGAACAUCCUUCCGAAAAGCACGUGCAGGAGGCAUUAUCACACGAUGACGUCAUCGACGUUGUACCACCCAAGGAAAUAGAGAAAAUGAAAGAAGCUGUGAAUAAGGUAGAAGCCCUGCCUUUAAACUACCACGAGGUUGUGAGACCACAUGACCACGGUCUCCCUAACCUUGUAACGGCCGCCCUGAAAAAGGACGUGUUGAAGCUAGAACAACUGAUCAUUUCCGUCCAGCGCUUCUUCCCCAACGAGAAGAUGUAUAUCUACGAUAUCGACCUCGAGCCCAGACAGCACAAAUUGCUAGCAGCCAUGUGUAAUGUACGCAUGCGCAGUCUGAUGGUGGAUGUAUUUCCACCGUUUGUCAAAAACAUCACCAACUUUCACUGGCGCCCGCUUGUAAUGCACAUCGCCGUAACAGAGUUUGAACACAUCACGUGGUUGAACCCUAAUAUGUGCCUGAAGAAUGCGAAGAAGCUCCUGACUCAGGUGCCAAAGGCACAUGACACGAGCGUGUUUGUGAUAGGGCAGGCCGCCGGAUACACAAGCUUCGCCGUCACACACCCCGACAUGUACAAGUUCAUCACGACAGACCGAAAGAAGUUGGCAUCAGUCCCGCACAUCGAAAUUUAUGCUCUGAUCAUGCACAAUACAGAAGAGCUCCGAGAAAACUUGAUGAAGCCACUACUCUCCUGCACAAUGAACCCAGCAUGCCUUGCGCCACAUGGCGCCGGAAGCAACUGUGAUUUUGACUUUUCCGGGAGACUUUAUGCUAAGUGUCAUCAAUAUGAUGAAUCGGCAAUAAACAUUCUUCUGAAAAAUUGGUUUCAGUUCGACAAGGCAAAAUUUAUGUCAGGGAAUUGUUGUUUUACUAACUAUAACCCUAACGAAAGAAUACGGCCCCAGAUCUGUCAUAGAACAAGGGGUGAAGAGAUAGAAGAUUUGUAAAUAAUUAUAUAGGACUGAAGAAUUUAAAUGAUAUAUUUCCAGUCAGGAAUUCUUUAGAUACCAAUGUAUUAAUGGAAUUAAUCUUUGAAUUAAGAUCUACGUAAAACUUGCUUCGACAAACGAUUAACUGAACCAUGAAAUAUUUAUGAUUUUUUGUGAAGUUAUUUUCAUACAUAUUGCUUUCCCGAUGAAAGUGCAGAAUCAUUAUAGGGUUUGGACCCUAGAAUUCCAAUCCAUUUGUUGUUACUGUCUGUGUUAUACAUUAGAUUAAAGGUCGCUAAAUUGGUGUGAAAAAUGUCGGAACAAGCAUUUUCCUUGAACUUAAUUAACACAAUGACGUCUUCAGUUGAAAUCAAUAUACGUAUGCUGAUUGUCACUGUUAUUUUAAUAUUACGUCCAUAGCGGGUGAAUGACAGCUUUUUGCUAGAUUGGUAACGUCAUCAUUAUUUUAGCUUCUUUAAGAUAAAGCUAGGAUACACAGACUAUGUUUAUUUUAAUUACGCGUGGUAAAAUGUUGAUAUGAAUAUCCAACUGCUUUUGUAUGCCAAACCAUAUGAAUUCCAGUUGGAAUGCGAAACUUUGGCUGAGAUUGGUGUGGGGACAAACUAUACAAUACACGACCUUGUCCCAAUAAACACAACAUCUUGUAGAACAUGAUGACGCGUAUAUAUAGAGCGUGAACUCCGUACCUGGCGAUCCAGACGAUUGGACCGAUUUGACCGGAUGAACAAGCGUUGUUCGUUUAUGAAAUAAGACAGGACUAAGUAAUAUGAGGCUGCUUUCAUGAGAGCGUUAAAGACAAAGCCUUGCAAGGCAUGCAGAAACGUUUGCAGGUCCGCUAUGAUUUAUUACAGAAAACAAACAAACAGGUUGAACAGGAUAUGCGAAAGGGGGGUUGGUCUUGGUCCGGAUCCUUUCUAUGGUCAUAUAUUUCUUCUCAUUGUGGAUUUACGAUUAAUAUGUGGCGUAAAUCACAAAUCGUAAUUUAAAUUAGAAUAUAUUUUCUCAUCUCCUGAGCUUUGUAAGACGAAUUGUGUUAAAUAUUGAAUAAGAGAUCACACAAAUAGACCAUAUUUAAUUGAACAUAUACAUUAUAUUAUACCAAGUAAGCUCUGUAACGAUGUGUUUAACCACGGGUGUUUGGAUAUCAUGGAACACGCGCGCUUCAAUACUACACGAACGCGCAAAGCUGUUCCAAAACAUAACCACGCCCGUUUUCUGCCCCUCGUUAUAUUAUUCCUCAUACUUCUCCCACACACACUGCGUGGAUGUUGAA